UACGAUCAGGCAUGGCGGCCUCCAUUGCCGGGGGCUGUGGACCAGCAAUGGGCCUGGCUCGGAGCAUUGGAGUCGCCAGGGCGUUGCUCCUUGCGCCGGCCUCUGUCGCCUGCCGGGCCCACGCGGGGCCGGGCCGGCAGCGGAGCACUGGACCUUCCGAACCUGGCGCGUUCAAGCCGCCGCCUAAACCGGUGAUCGUGGACAAGCGCCGCCCCCCGCCCCAGAAAACCAGGUUUUUGAGUCCUGAAUUCAUUCCUCCAAGGGGAAGAACAAAUCCUCUGAAAUUUCAGAUAGAAAGAAAAGAUAUGUUAGAAAGGAGGAAAAUGCUCCAUAUUCCAGAGUUCUAUGUUGGAAGCAUUCUUCGUGUUACUACGGCUGACCCAUACGCCAGUGGGAAAACCAGCCAAUUUCUGGGGAUUUGCAUCCAGAGAUCCGGAACUGGACUUGGAGCUACUUUUAUCCUAAGGAAUACUAUCGAAGGACAAGGUGUUGAGAUUUGCUUUGAACUUUAUAAUCCUAGAAUCCAAGAGAUCCAAGUGGUCAAGUUAGAGAAACGGCUGGAUGACAGCUUGCUAUACUUACGAGAUGCCCUUCCUGAAUACAGCACUUUUGAUAUUAAUAUGAAGCCAAUAAUAGCACAAGAAGCUACCCACGAAGUUCCUGUUAACCAGCUGAAAGUAAAAAUGAAGCCUAAGCCCUGGUCCAAACGCUGGGAACGUCCAAAAUUUAAUAUUAAAGGAAUCAGAUUUGAUCUUUACUUAACUGAAGAGCAAAUGAAAGAAGCUCAGAAAUGGAGUCAGCCGUGGCUUGAGUUUGAUAUGAUGAGAGAAUAUGAUACUUCAAAAAUCGAAGCUGCAGUCUGGGAUGAGAUUAAAGCAUCACAAAAGCCCUGAUCUGAGAAUGACUUUAGCUACUUGCAGAGGAUAUACGGACUCGCAGAUUUCAUGUAUAAGGACAUAGUCAUUAAAUUGACUUAGCAUUCAUUUUAUGAAUACUGUUUAAAAAAAUAAAAUGAGUACAUCACUUUAUUACUUUAAAAAGGGAAAUGCA